AAUACAACCAGCAAAUUCAAAUUAUAAAUGCAAAAAUUUACGGAAGAAAAUUGGACAACUGAAUUGGAAAAACAUCCAAUUUUCAGAACUAAACCUAUACUACCCGGAGAAGAAUUGCCUGAAUUGUUUCAGGCAUUACAGGCUAUCAAAUAUGAAGAUAAUGAUAUUUCGAUAUUGGUGCAGAAUUAUAAAGAAGAUGGGGAUCAUAAUUUAAAACAAAAAUACUAUGAACCUGCUGUGCAAUCGUAUACAAAGGCAAUAAAUCUAAAAUAUAAUGACAAUGUUCUCAAUUCAAUCUUGUAUUCUAAUCGAGCAACUGCUAAUUACCUAUUAAAUAAUUUUGGUUCCUGCCUCAAGGAUGCUGAGAAGUCUUUAUCAUUAAAUCCUAAUUAUUUAAAGCCUCUAUAUAAAGCAAUUUUAUCUAGUCUCAAAUUAGAAAAAUAUCAAAAAGCAUUUAAUUUAUGUAAAGAGCGUUUGGAUAACUUAGAAAAUUUGUCGAAAGAAGAUAUUGCAUUUCUACAAGAAAAACAAUCCAUAACAUCAAAAAAAUUGUCAGAGAUACAAAAUGCCAAAAAUUUAGUUUCAAAAAAGUUGGUGUUGAAAGUAUACAUUUUAAAUAGUUUAAAAACUGCGUUUCUCGUCAGGAAGAUAAGAGUAUUUGACCAAAAUUCAAAAAUUUCAAAUUAUAGUGAUGACAAAUUGUGGGAAAAUUUCACAAAAAUUGAUACUAACUAUCCAUUUCUCAAGUCUCCUCUAAGCAUAACUGAUAACUACUCCUUUUCUAGUAACGAUCACAUUACUAAAUCAUAUUGUGAAUCAGACCACAUCAAACCUGAAUUCCUCGACUUAAUAAAAUCAGAAGGAGAAGCAUAUUUAUACUUGGAACAAUAUAGCGCUAAUUCAAAUUCCUCAAAAUAUUUAUGUAGCAAUAUAUUGCAUUGGCCUGUGACAUUUGUGUACCCACAAUAUCAACAAUAUGAUUUGAUCAUUGAUUUUUGUGAAAAUGAUGAUUUCAUAUAUCACCUAUCACUCAUGUUUCCUCCCACGAAGACAAAUGAUGUACUACUUUAUCCUCAAUGGGAUUCCAAGACAGAGUAUACUAUAGACAAUUUGGACAUUUACUGGGAAGAUAAAUUUGCACAAAGGUUGGUCAAAAUAAAUUUCAAAGAUUUAACCUUGAGACAAGCUUUAUAUCCUGAAACAAAUGAAGUUAUUCUGUACAUACAAGAACCUUUACUAACUUUUAUUAUUCUACCCAGAACUUCGGACUUUACACAAAAAUAUUUAAAAAAUUAUUCUAUAGACACAUCCAGCUCAAAAGUAAUAAUGAAAAAAACUUAA